ACACCAUAUCCGGUUCAGGAGACAUUACUCAAUUUACUUAAGUUCAUCUGCACUAAUUGUCAAAAAGAGUCUAAUUUGGUAAGAAAUACAGCUAUUAUGACACCUUAAGUGUAAAAUGUGUAGGCGAAGCAAUUGAACCAAAAUUUUAGAAACUUAAAACCAUAAUAGAUAUAUUUUGGGCGUUUGCAUUUACGUUUCUUUUGUCUUGACCUCAUUUUGGAAGAAAUUUACUUUUCACAAAGUUAUUUCUUCACGUGCUUAAGUCUUACAAAAUUUUAUUAUUGUGAUAACAUAUGGUUCAACAUGAAGAAUUUAGCUAUUGAUUUGACAGUAAUAUCGCAAAAAUGUAAAAAGGCAGUUUUCAUUAACAAUACUUAUAACACUUAAUCUUGAGUAUAUAUGAUAUAGUGAGUCAUACAAAGAUACUUAAAGCUCUUGUUAAAAAACUUUUCCUCAAAAAAAACUAGGGGGUUAGUUUGUACACUUUUAUAAAUUUCAUUCAUUCAGAUUUUUAUAAUCAUUUUUGAUAUUUAUGUAUCUUCGAAAUAGUAAAAAUGUUUGGAGGUAGACGUCAACAAAAUGAUGAGGAUCACAAAACUGUUAUACAACCAAAUACUAAAACACCUACGGAUAAGACGAACAGGUCGUUCAAACCUUACAACUUUCAAGCUAGGCCGUUCUACGAAAAUUAUAAGAAAUCUCAGCCGGACUACAAACCGGAGAAGUUCGACACUAACACUAACUUUUUAUCAAAUGAUAAAUUUAUUGAAAUGUCAUUGGCCAUACCAAAGUUGGAAGAAAACUGCAGUGGUGAACGAGGACCUCGGUACAGCGGUCCUGCCUCAAAUGAAAAAACAAUAAGUCAAAAUCUGUUUGGUUUAGAUAAAAGCGACAUAGAAGCUCCGGAGGAUCUGGAGCAAACAGCUGAGGGUCAGUCAAUGAUGCGCGAAAUCGGUUUAACUGAUGCUCAUGCUGCCAUUAACCCCGGAAACUGGUUUACUUCGGACAUGAAGAAGCUUGAGCGUAGAAUUCAGUAUGCCAGUCAAAUGGGAUGGAUGCUAGUAUCAUUCGAGCGAAGUGCUCUUGCUAAAUUACAACAUGAACGAAAUAUCCAAUCAAGGAAGGAAAUUGGAGCGUCAGAAAAAGUGGAAGAAAUUGAAAGUAGACUCUCGAAACUCGAGAGAAACUGGAAACCUCCUCCAAGAAAUAUUGAACGUGCAGGAAAGAAUUUGUUCAGAUUUCGCUUUCGAUAA